AAGAGCAGCGCACAUGCGCAUGGCAUGCAUCCGGGAAAGUCAUAUUCAAAUUCAAGAUGGCGGCAGGUUUGUAGGAGUAGGAGAGCAAAGAGACAAACAAAAUUCACUCCAGGAAUCCGCCAGAAAAUGGUGGAACCGGACGAGAACUAUGUAAAAUCAAUGCUGAAUAUGGGUUUUGCAGAUGCGGGGUUGAUUCGCCGAGCUCUUGUUGUAGCAAAAAAUGACCUCAAUGUGGCUGUGGGCCUGUUGACGGACGAGACCGCUAGCUUCGAGCUGUUUGAGGACACGGAAAUGCGAGAUACUGAAACGCAGCCCGGCUCGGACGAGGGCGAAAUGGAUAUCCCGGGGCUGGAGGACUCUAAAAAUAGCGAGGAUGACGAGGGAGCUUCAGGAGAGCCCCCGCCACCGUACGACGAAGUCGUGUCUGGGUCUGACCCUGCCAAGGGCGAAGGACCGCUCGAGUUUCCAACAACCAACCUGUAUGAGCUGGAAGAUCGGGUGUUCGUGGAGAGCUGGAGCAUCCCUUAUAAACGAGAGGAGUCCCUGGGAAAAUGUCUUAUCAGUGCUGAAAGAUUUGCUGCGGAAGGCUUGUUAGAGGCAGAUGAAAACUGCAGAAGAUUUGUGGAAAGAGCUCUGCCUGAGUGCUUCAAGAAGUUGCUGACAUCAGAAGCAGUUAUGCGUUGGAAUCCAGAAAUCCAUGAUGGCAUUUAUGACAUGGUGUGCUUACUGAUUGACUUGGUUGCCACACGGCUCAAGUAUGAGCCAGUCCCCUACGGCUUGCUUCAAGUGUUGACUCAGGCAUUUGACCCCGAGACUAAGUUCCAGACCAAGAACAAGACCAAAGGGUGGGACAAGGCGUACUAUGAGGGCGUAUUUGGUGAUGAUCAGUGCUAUGCUCAACCUCCACAAAACGCAAACUACUACUCCACAGAGAAGGGACCUUGUGGCUGGCUUGUCAAUAUUAUCAACCAAUUUGCUGAAAAAGGUGGCUUUGAAGAAAUCCGCAAGCUGAUUGAAAAUACAGAGAAAGUCACAGCUCCUAUGCUAGCUGCGUUGCUGAAGCCUAUAGGAGUCUGUGCUGGUUACUUGAAUGCUCAAGUCAUAUCUGAAGUUUUCAGUCAAGUUUUGGAAAAGACCCUUGCCUAUAUCCAGGAAUUGGCAGAUGACGACAUGAAGCAAAAGGAGGUGGGAAAAGUCUUUGAUCUGCUCACAACCCUUAAGCUGUUGUGCCUGACGCUGUGGCAGGAAGUGACUGGAGUGGACGACUUGCGUCUAGAGGUUGCCCUCAAGAUGCUCAAAGCCCCUCACUUCAAUGCCAAGAUGAAUUCUCUGAAAGAGGUUUGCAAACUAAUUGAUGACUCUGAAAAGUGCAAGAAUGUGAAAAUCAGCAUCUCUCAAGAAGCAAUUGCCAAGUGGCUGGUGGAUAACCGAGUUCUAUCUGUAGCAUUUGAGAGUAACCUUCAUCAGACGCAAUAUUGUGACCGUCUUAAGGUGGUGGUGGAGUUCCUUGGUAACAGGCUUACCUUAGAUGAGCUGACAACCAUCUGGAAGAUGCAGCUUGGCAAACAUCCAAUAGAAGUUGACAAUAUCCACAACAUCUUAGCCACUGCUGCUGUCAGGUUUAAUACGAACCAGCUUGACCAUCUCUUCACACUGAUACAGCAGAGCUGGGGAACAGAAAAUGACCGCAUGAAAGACAAGCUGUUGGUCCUGAUUGGAAGAAUUGGCAAGGAAGCCAGAGUGGCAAAGAUAACAACAAAGGUACUUGACCUGCUUUGGAGCCUGGCUCAUCUUCCAUCGUUGACAACAGACAUGGUUGACCAAGCCCUCAAGUCGCAUAUUGAUAUUCUUAGUGAUUCCUUCACCGUCAAGGAUCAAAUUAAGAAAAGCUAUGCUGUCAAGUGCAUCGAGGAUAUCAAAAAGGGUGUUUGGAUAGUACCAGCAAUCAGACAACUGCUGAAGAUCACUAAAGGAAUGAGCAAGUCCCAGUAUAACAAGCAUGAUAAGGGUGUCCUUCCAGAAUUGAACAAGACCUAUGACAUUAUCAAGCUGACCACAAGUAGCAUUGUGAAUUGUCACCAACAAGCCAUUGCAGCAGUAGGACUGCCUGGGCUGGGCGAGGACACACUCCUGGAUGGCAGGUACACCUUGAAGGACUGCAUCCACAUCCAUCUGAAGUUCCUGGCGUUUGUCCUCCAGGAAGCCGUCAUAUACCUUCCGUGGCAUAGGGCACGGGAUAUUUGGGAUGCCUUGGUUUCAAGUCCUGAUGCUUGUGAGUUCGACAGGGAGACAUGCUUUGAGUGGUUCACCAAACAGUUGUGUGAUAUGGAAGCAGAGACCCAGUCUCAAAUACUGACAACCAAGAUCCUCAAAAUGGACCCAUCCAAGCUCUCUAUGAAAGGUUUCCAGUGUUUUCGGGCGUUUUUUGAGAGUGUCAACCACAAUGAACACAAGCACAAGAAGACAGCUAACACAUACACAGUGGAGAAGAUGGACUUAAUAGGGCUUGACUACCUGUGGCGCAUUGCUCUCGAAGUACCAUCAGAGGAGAUAGCAGCACCAGCAGUCAAGUUGCUAAUUCAACUCAGCUACACGUGGCUUUCACCAAAACUCAAGAAGGACCCUGUCACGAUCCACAAGAAAUUUAUAAUGGAAUGUUACAAACGUCUUGAGCAAGUGAUGUCAGUCCUAUGUGCUAGUCCCAUGUCUCAAGUCGCAUCCAGUGUCACCACCACAGCAACAGCACCUAUAUCCCCAGUGACAAUUGCGCCAACCCCACUCAGAGCAAAUCACUUGUUGAAUAUCGAGAGAUUGCUGAUGAUCGUAGAGCACUAUAUCAUCACUGUUGAGGAUCUUGUUGCAGGCCCUCGUACCUUGCUUCCACAUGCUGCUUCAUUCCAUGGCUAUCCUAUAAAUGUCAACGUCAAUUGUGAUGUCACCAAGCAGAAUCUCAGCCUUCAGUGUCACAGCAAUGAAAACUUGCGGUCAGUGCGUCAUCGCAUCGCAGCUAAACUGAAUGUCAGUGCUGAGCAAAUCCAGAUCUUCAACAACGAGAAAUUGCUUAUGUCGUCCAAGGACCAAAAGCUGUUAUACCAGCUUGACUUCCAAGAGGACCAGCAGGUGUUUGUGAAGACGUCCAACACUUCUGUCACCAUGGUGCCAACAAGAGAGGAGGUUGAGAUGCAAGAAACCAAGACAGAUGAGGCCAGUGCAAGCGGAUGUAACCGACAAUCCAUAGCCUUGGAGCAGGAGCGUAUGAUCCCAGGUGUACUGAUGGCCACUGAAUGCAAAGCAUUUGACAAGCUCUAUCAACUAGCUGAGCUAGAGGAGCCCAGCAUCACUGCCCACGUACAGAAGCUGGUAAUGCUUCUACCUACCGACCCUCAAGUCCAGGAAGCUCUGGACUGCAUAGGCCAGCAGUUCACAUUGAGUUGCUCGCCUGGAGGCUCAUCCUUGGAUGAGUCUAGCUCACUCAGCCCAAUCGACAUCAACCUCAAGAGCAUGUUCCGCUGUACAUCCUUAGGGAUGUCACCCUUCCGUGUGCUCUACAACCUUGAGGUCCUAAGCAGCAAGUUGAUGCCCACAGCUUACAGGGAUGGCGGGGCUGCCGCCAGAGCCUUCAAGGAGAGCUUCCUUGCAGCAGGGGGCCUCAAUAUCGUCGUGAACAUUCUACAGAAAGACAUGUUUCCUAGUGAUGUUGACACAGAAAUUCGAAGAGGCUGUUAUGGCAUAUGUUUACAGCUUGCACGGUUUUUGUUGUGCGGCCAGACUAGUGAGAAUUCCUUCACCAUCCCGCCCACAAGAGAGUCUGUUACCAUGGCAGCAUCACCCGUCUCCAUGGCAACCAUGGAUCUAGACAGCAGUGAUUGUGGUAACAGUUCUGGUGUGGAAGCCAAGCGGCCCCGUUCCAGUAGCAUGAUCGAUGAUGUCCACCCUACUGUCCGGGUUGCUAUUGAGACGAUGAACAGAGAUGAUUUCGCGGAGACUAUAGCGUGUUUGAUGCGAGUCGCGUGGGCGGCGGCGGGCGGCAAGUUGCAUCUGGCGGGCGGGAGGCAGCAUCUGUCCAGCCAGAGCUCUGACGACGACGGGGGCAGCGAUUCCGACUCGCUGAAAUCCUUCAGGUCGUCCAUUGCUUCUAACAACAACUUAGAAGUAUCAAAUAAGGAUGUUGUGAUAGUCGCUGAGGCUCUUCAACUGCUCGUUCUUUGUUUACAAUUACGAACCCAAUUAAUAGGUGUAUUUUAUUAUCUUCCAAAUGUGAAUGAGUUCAUCGUAGAAAUAUUAAUUGGCUCGCCUCACCCGCAGGUCCGGUUGAAUGGGGUAGAGCAAUUUCUAAUACUUAGCCAAACACCCGUUGGUGAUACAAAGGUACAAACGCCAAACCACUUUCUCCUAACCGUCUUGCUCAAUGCCCCGUUACCGCUCUGGACACCGAACCGGUUCGUUCGCGGCAAAAAUCACAGGCUUCAGAAGAAUUGUACCCAGUUUUUCGAUCUACUCUGCAGAUUGAUGGAUUACCUCACAGUGACGGAACAGAGACUGAUGAAAGUGAACCCGACCAAAAUGCUGGAAAAUGAGAUCCAGUGGCUGUUGAACUUUGAGUCCUCUUCGAAUCUUGAUAACGGCCCGCCCUUAUUAGCUGGACAUUUGAGGUUCCUACGAACUCUUUUGACAUGUGAAGGUGUAGAUAAAAGGAAAUGGGGUCAAGCCAUCAUUCGUGACUUACUGGGCGAUUUUCUCUUCCCUGCAUCCAAGCUCAUAUUCGAGACGAGAGGAACUCCUAACAAAAGUGCUAUCGUCGAUGUCUACCCAAAGUGUGUAGGGCCCGAUUGCCAGGUGGCGGCUUAUGAUGUUCUCGUAGAGCUUGCCGAGGGCUGUUGUGGGAAUCUGUUUGACGUUGUCUCAGAGCUCAUCAGCAUGCACCACACAGGAGAACCCGCCAAUUUCAAGGAGUGGGAGUUUCAGCCCCCUGUCGCACCGCGUGCAAUGUGUAAAUUCGUUGGGCUGAAGAAUGCAGGCGCCACGUGUUACAUGAAUUCAGUGCUACAGCAGCUCUACAUGCAGCCUGGCAUAAGGGAGUAUGUUCUUGGUCUCGACGAAGAUUAUGUGGAGAAAGAUAGCGUGUUUUACCAGAUCCAGUCCUUGUUUGGUCACCUGAUGGACAGCAAGCUGCAGUACUUUGCACCAGAGCAGUUUUGGAAAUGCUUCAAGCUGUGGGGCCAGCCGGUCAAUGUCCGGGAACAGCAAGAUGCGUUCGAGUUCUUCUGUAAUCUCACUGACCAGUUGGAUGAGCACUUGAAGAGCAAAAAGCAAGACCAGCUGUUCAAAAAGACAUUCUGUGGGAUGUUCGCUGAUCAGAAGAUCUGCAAAGAAUGUAAUCACAGAUAUGAACGCGAAGAAGCUUUCUACUCGCUCCCUGUUACGGUCAAGAACCACAACCUCCAAGACUCCCUUGAGCAGUUUGUGAAUGGCGAGAUUCUUGAGGGGGACAACGCCUACUUCUGUGAAAAGUGCAACAAAAGGCGGACUACCGUGAAGCGCAUGUGCAUCAAGACUCUACCCCCUGUGCUGGUCAUUCAGCUCAAGAGGUUUGGGUACGACUGGGAGGCGGGGCGUGCGCUCAAGUUCGAUGACUACUUUGAAUUUCCGUGGACUCUCGACAUGGAACCGUACACCUCGGAUGGGGUGGCACGACGCGAACAAGCUAACGCCUCUCCAGACACGGACAGUGACAACGGUAGCGUGACAUCUUCCAGCCAAUCACUAAACUCCAUACACUCCAACAGCAGCGUGACCGUCACACCAUCCGAGAUCACGUACGACCUGGUGGGGGCUAUUGUGCACAGUGGGCAGGCUAAUGCUGGCCAUUACUAUUCGUACAUCAAGGAUAGGAGGAGUGGCGCAGAAGGUGCCGAGACGUACGGCAAAUGGUUCAAGUUUAAUGACACCAUCGUGGAGGAGUUUGAGAUGACGGAGGAGAGCGUAGAGGCCGAGUGCUUUGGUGGGACAUACAAGGCCACUGUCUACGACACUGUAAACUCGUACCCAGAGACGCGGCAUCGCUACUGGAGUGCGUACAUGCUGUUCUACGAGGCCUCCGAUGCCAACAAGAUGCUCUCAGUGCACCCGAGCCGAGGGCCCUUGGUGCGACAAGAGGCGGUCAUAGAGGGCAGAUCAAACCCUCCAUCCCCGAGCUCGUCAUCCGUCUCGUCUAGCUCCGGACCCCCCUCCCCCACGCGCACAGAUGGCCUCAGCCAACUUACUGCCCUCGUACAAAAGGGUGAACGAAAGGGAAUAUUCCGGGACAAAAUGCCUGCUAGUAUACAGAGAAUGGUCCACGCAGAGAAUCUACAGUUUAUGCAGAAUCGAGAUGUUUACAAUACUGACUACUUCAAGUUCAUCCUCAAUCUCGCUACCUGCAACCGGAGCUUCGUGUCCAACAAGCAAGUGUUGUUUGCCGUGUGCAGUCUACAACUUUCCAUACAAUUCCUGUUUAACACAUACUUCAGGACCACUAAGAAGCUAAGGAUGCAGACGCAGGAGUGGUGUGAGGCGGUGGAAUUCUUGCUGCGCGGUAACAGCGAGGCGUGCACGUGGUUUGUGCAGUUCUUAUCAGGAGAAAGGGGCAAAGGCUACAUCAGACCUUUCCUACUAGAAGCUCCAUCAGCUGAAGUGCGGAAGACUUUUUCACGAAUUCUGGUCUUCACUUUUGAGAGCUAUAUUCACCAUGGUGGCAGCAUAGAGUCCGGCCCGUUCUAUUCUCUGAUUGAUUCUUUGCUCGCCAUGUGUAACCGUGAUGUGAUUGAUCACCACAAGACGUGCGCAGAGUACUUCUGGGCGCUAAAUAGAUACGCCAACAUACGGCGUAAGACCUGUGAGCACCUGAUAGCAAGAGAGACCUUCCAGCUUUUUCUCAGCUUUCUUGUUGGACCCUCUACAGAAUACGGGUCUAAUAGAAGGUGGAGCUCUCUCCAGUCCCAGGAGUUUACUGCAUUGUACACGGCUAUUGCUACACUCGUCUGCUGCAGUGACGUCUCCUCUCAGAUGACAGUCGAGCCGACUCGUCCCAGGCCCCUGUUCCUGGACAUCAUGCGUAACCUUCCGCUCAUUCCCAUGCCCCUGGAGAUGGAUGAUGCCAUAUUUGGAGCUAAUGCUGAUCGCUAUAUCAAGGAGGCUACACUAGCUGUCUGUGAAGUGGCCGACACCAGUGAGCAGAUCAGCAACAUGUUCAUCCACUGCAGUUGGUGCAACGAAAACUUCAGUACCAAGGUCUUACAGCACCUCAAAAUUCAACUUGCCGCUGUUGCCGCCAAUGACAUGAAAAACGUGUUUUCUACGCUACUUAGUCUACUGUUGCUGGAAGACCCCCUUCAGCUGCAGCGCAUCAAGAGUGCGGUCGAUGAUGGGGACGGCAUUCUCGCUCUAGUCAAGUCGAAUAACGCAUCAGACAGCCGGCGUGCGUACCAGUGCAUCAAGUUCCUCGUGCAGCUGGCGCACCGCUGCCCCACGGCGAAGGACUACCUGCUACAGAACUCCACGCGGUGGCAGUGGGCCGUGCAGUGGCUCAAGAAGAAGAUGAGCGAGCACUACUGGCCACCGCAGUCCUACUCGUCUAACGAGCACUCGACCAGCCGAACAUUCCAGCGCACGUCCAGCGCCGCGGACACCCUCGCAGAGGCCACCGCCCUCCUCACUGAACUAGACGCAGGGGACAUGCUGGACGACUCUACCCAGAGUACGGGGGAGGAAUGGGACAAGGAUACCUCUACCUCCCCCUGAGCACUACCCCCCUCCCCCCUACUGUACUAUAGUGAUGUACUGGACGACUCUACCCAGAGUACGGGAGAGUAGAUAGAUAAAGGAUAAUGGGAGGAUGGAGAGAAGGAACGCUCAACAUCACCUAAGAAUCGCCAAUUUUUAUUGACCUAGAACAGACUCAACACAGAGUGAGAAGGACUUGGAAAGGAGCUCUUUGCUAUAUCAGAAAAGCCUGACGCUCUUGACAGAUGACCAAGACGGCGGAUAAAUACGGCGAGCACUUGAGGAACAAAUCAUAAUAAUAAUGAUUUUGAACGCUCGGGAACUUAACGUGUUAGCGGACGCCCAAAAAAUAGCUUUACCAACAAGCGUGCAUGUGGCGUCUGGUUAUUUGCAGAACGCUUAAAUUAUUAUCUAUCACUCAUUUCGUGGCCAAGUUAUCCCGACUGCUUUACCAAGCUCGGGUUUUUUAACGAAAUAGUCUCUCCUUAUGAUCAAUUGCUUGCAUUUCACUGUGUAUUAGAAUGGCUUUCGUGUGCUACUGAGGGUAUUUGGCAUCUUAUUGACUUUCCAUGUUUGUGCAAAACGUAUACCAAACAAUUAAAGGUUUAUGCCUACUGAAA